GAGGCCCGCAGCACCAGUAGAUCCAAACCCCAUCUCUUUGCAGAUUAUCGACUCCAUAGAAGCCGACAAGCGCGGCCGUCAUCUCCUCGCCGAAACCCUAGUUUCGGCCGGCCGCCGUGCUGCUCUCUACGACGAACUCCAACUUCAUGGCUCUCGGAACGAGCGAUCUCCUUUGCACGAUCUUCGAGCUGUUAUCACCGGCGGAUCUAGCGCGGGCCGCGUGCGUCUGCAAGCUGUGGAAGGAGUUAGCUUCGGAUCGGGAGCUUGUCGAGCGAGCUUUCAGCAAACCAUGGAAGGUACGGCGAGUGCUAGGAUCGCCGUCUACUGCUGGAUUCUGGCGACACACAGGCAUCGAUCGCUUUGCCGUAUCACACCGCCUUGUCAGGGGAGACACCGUAGCUGGCCUUGCCGUUAAGCAUUCCGUCCAGGUGAAUGAGAUAAAACGGCUGAACAACAUGAUGAGCGAGCAUGGAAUAUAUUCAAGAGAGAGGCUUCUGAUACCCAUCAGCGAUCCACAACUUCUCCAUGAAAGCACCUGCUUCAUCGAAUUUGAUGAUCAUGCAAACAGAGAAGUUGCAGUUCUCUAUCUGGAAGAAAACCCUGAUGGAAAAUCUGCUCUCCCCGGCGCUGGAUUCACUGAUCGUAGAAGGGGAAUGAAGAAACUUGUUGAUUCAGUGAAGCGAAGCCUGCGUGUUGACGAUGCUACGGCGGCUUAUUAUUUGGCUGUUUCUAAUGGUGAUCCAAGGAGUGCCAUGCUCGAGUUCUCGGAGGAUCUCAGGUGGGAGCAGCAGAGAUGAAGAAACUGGUAAUAUACAUAUGUGUGAGCUUUUUUACAUACAUACCAUUCAGUUCUAUGUAUCUACUUAUCUAAUAUCUAAAUUUUAAUUUAUAUACAUACCACCUUCCCUUUCAGGGAUAAUUACAUGCACAUCUCCCGAAACAUUGCUAUUUACAAAAUCUAGCACCCAUAUGCUAUUUUUGAUCUACUGAACCGAUGUAUGCACGCAUGCCACUAUCAAAUUGCGAGAAUUUGAUAAAAAAAAUGAAAAAUAUGGGUUGAGGUUUUACCUUGAAAUCUGAUAUUUGAGUUAGAAUUUGAGAAGUUGAUAAAGAGGAUUCUAGAUUUGUACAUAGCAAUGUUUAUGAUGCCAUGAUUGCAUGCAACUGUACUUUUUGAAGUUAAAAUGGUAUGUAUGUAAAUGACUCAUGUAUAUAAAAACAUUAAUAAUGCUUGCAUGGAUGUAAUUAUAGUCAAAUGCUUGUAUACUCCUAUCUUCUAACACCCAUCUCUCUCUCUC